CAUUUCCUGUAAAGAUGGCGCUGAGCAGAGGAGCGGGGUGUUUUUGGAGGACAUGCUGCAGGUUGGUACCCGGACACCCCCUGCUGCCCCCCGCAGCUGCCCGGACACAGAGCACCGUGAGCGGGGACCUGCUGCCCCGCACCUCGCUGUCCAGCCCGCCGUGGCCGCAGCAGGUGAGCCCUGAGCCGGCGCAGGAGCAGCGGCACGCCGCGGUGGUGAGCACCGUGAACCAGAAGAUCCUGCAGCGGGACUUCGGCCGCCUGUUCGCGGUGGUGCAUCUGGCCGGCCGCCAGUGGAAGGUGACCGGGGAGGAUCUGAUCCUGAUCGAGAACCACCUGGAGGCGGACUGCGGGGAGCGGAUCCGCCUGGAGAAGGUGCUGCUGGUCGGGGCCGAGGACUUCACCCUGGUAGGCAGGCCGCUGCUGGGGGCCGAGCUGGUCCGCGUCGAGGCCACCGUGAUCGAGAAGACCGAGUCCUGGCCCAAAGUCCACAUGCGGUUCUGGAAGAGACACCGGUUCCAGCGCAAGAUGAUCGUGGUCCAGCCGCAGACCGUGCUGAGGAUCAACAGCAUCGAGCUGGCGCCCAGACUCUCUUAAUGAACAGGAGGGGCCCCAAGAAUCUCAUGAUGAAGAUCAGGGGCCCAUAGACUCUCAGAUCCUUAUGAUCAGGAUGAGGCCCCCCCAGACUCUC